AUGUCAGACGUCAGCGAUAACGACGCAACCGAUGCAUCCGACAACGGAGAGCUUCCAAGUGAUGCCGAGUCCCCUUCACAGUCGCAUCUGGAACAGGAUUUUGAUUCGGAGCCAAGGGCAGACUCUGACUCUGAUGAAAAUGAGGACGGAGAUGCUCAUGACGAUGCUCGCGGCCUGCUGGACCUCGAGGCCUCAGAGUCUGGCGAUGACGAGGAUGACGAUGACGAAGAUGAAUCAGAUCGAAGCUCAGCAAUCGGGAGACGCACAGACGGCUUGCUUGAUGGUAGCGAAACCAUCAGCUUCUGGACAGAUUACGAUUUUCCACAGUUCGCAAAGCUGCCUGCCGAGCUGCGCUGUCGAGUCUGGGAGCUGUUCAGUCCUAUGGUUUGCGCGGAAUCACGGGUAGUGACAGUCGACAUCAGAAUGGUCGGAGAUUUAAUUCGAGUAGAUCCAGAGUUCACCCUAGUCCCGCAGUACGAGAGUGUGGCUACCCUGCUGCAAAUCAACCACGAGAGCCGCGAUAUCGUGCUCAAGGCCCUCCCUGACACCCUUGCCAUCUGCGAUGACGACUGUUCGCUUGUGCGCUUCAAUCGCAGCAAGGAUGUUGUUGGUCUUGUAAAUCUUGAGGGAUGGGAAGACUGGAUGGAGCCGGAUCCUCUACGCCCAGAAGGCACUGAACACUAUAAAAUUCCUGGGUUUUCUGAGAACGUCGAGCAUCUCUCUCUUCACGCCGUUUCCCUUGACGAGCGAGGGGCAAUUAUCAACGCAUCAAACGGUUUGGGCGACCCUGCACAUAUUUUCGGCUUGCUCUUGACCUUUCCUAACCUCAAGGCGGUCUACGAGGUCAAAAACAGCAGUAGACUGCCCAUGAGCUCGAUGCACUGGUGCGGCCAAGAAGAAUCCACCGGCGCCUACGAACUGCGCCAUGUGGAGGAAAAUGAGUACGGCGUGGAAACCGAAACCAGGCUUAUUUACGUAUGGCCCAAGAUCGACAAGUUUGAAUUUCCAGACUCCCGCGAGCACCUCCCAGAGAUUAAAGAUCUCGGUGUUUGGGCCGAGGAAUUCUCAGAAGACAACCCACCUGAAAUGCCGCCCAAUUUUGGAGACAGUGACGGGAAUUUUGAGUUCCCAAUGAUGAUCUCUGAGCUUCUUGCUGGCAUCGAGGUGUGGCCCAUGGUGAUGUUUAGGUGCGGGGCGGGAUACAGGCGGCUCCAGAGGCUGAAAGAAAGCAAGUUGGAAGAUCUGGACGAUGACGAAGAAGUCGAGCCUGAUAGUGAUGCCGAAGACUGGGCCGACAUGGAUGGUGAUGAUGGAGAAGAUGUUGAAAGUGAAGAGGACGAUGGUGAGAUGGAUGACUUUAUCGAAAACGACGAUUUCGACCAAGAUGCUCGUUCUGACCAGCAACAGGGCGAAGGGUGGGACGCUGACAAUUCGGGAGAUGUGGACGAAGAUGACUUGGACCUUGGGGAUGAAGAAGGUGCUCCUCUAUUCAAUGGCUUCUCACCCACCCAAGAUUCAUCCGGCGCAGACACCGAAAAUGAAGGUGAUGACAAUGGAAAUGGUGCACCUUUGGAAUCUGAUGAUGCAGACGACAGCGUUCGUCCCUCCAACAAGCGGAAGUCGAGGCGAGUGGUUGACUCAGAUGACGAGGAGGACGAGGACGAAGACGUUCGACCAGCCAAGAUUCAGCGCAGAUCUCGGCGCGUAGUUGCUGCUGACAGCGAAGAUGAGGACGAAAACGAACAAAGUGACAGCGGCAGCGACGGUGCCCCGGUACGAGAUACCAAGUCACAAAGCAGCCACCCUGAUGACUCUGCUACCGAAGACGGCUCUGAUUCCGAGGACGAAGACGCAACCGGAGACCGUGGCAGAAACCUCACCUUUGCGGAGAGGCUAAGUCUUCAUCGAACCGAAAAUCCAGUAGACUCGGAUGGUGCUUCGAAUUCGAAUGGACCAGAGAGCUCCGAUGAUGCCACAGACCACAUUGCAUCUGACGACGAUAGCGGUGAGGAAGAUGACGGCAGCAGUAAUGGCAUGGUGGACCAUUACGCGGAGGACAUGGGCGACGUCGAAGAUGAUGGCUCAGACGACGACGGCGGAUGGUGA